GUCACCUGCCCAAACAUUUCUGAACUCUCGCGAUACUAAGAACCGGAAGACAACUCCCGAGUGUUUCGUACUUGUAAACUGGAGCGGCUUAUGUUGUUCAGCAGCGUCAGUUCAGAACGAUUGUGUGGUGGCCAAGACUUUGUUUUCAUCUACAAAACCAGCUAUCAAUCUUUCAUCUUAGAUAAACAGAUUCUUUUUCGCGCUUCUGUCGUAUGGAAAACUGUUAAAUUAAAUGUUUUGCAAUUUCCAGUAUUUGCUUGAGGAGCUGCAUCUGGCGAAUCGCAUCAUCAGAUCGCCAGGAGGGUCAUCGUCAGCGGCGACACCCUCUUCUUCUCCGUCGGCACCGAGCGUUUGAGGAAAAUGACCGGGGAGAAGAUCCGCUCCCUGCGCAAGGAUAACAGGCCGAGUAAGGACGAGGACUUACUGGAACCCGAUGAAGAGGCUGCCACCGGGACGUUUUCCGCCUCCAAGGCGAACAGCAAAAGCAGAGCGAGUAAGAUCUUCAGCAACCACAAGUUAAUCGGGUCGCCGUCCGCUCCACCACAGCAGCAGCCGCAGAACCAACAGACGCAGAAUAAUGCUAACACAUCGGACGUUGUUGAUGACAACAACAAAAAUCCCAUCAUCCGAACAGGACUGGACUUCCCAGUGCACGAAUGUGUGUUUAAAGGAGAUGUCCGCCGUCUGUCGUCCCUCAUACGAACGCAGAAUAUCGCCCAGAAAGACGUUCAUGGAAACACCCCACUACACCUGGCUGUCAUGAUGGGACACAAAGAAUGUGCUCAUUUGCUUCUGGCCCACAAUGCACCAGUGAAGGUGAAGAAUGCUCAGGGAUGGAGCCCCCUCGCUGAGGCCAUUAGUUACGGAGACCGACAGAUGAUCACUGCUCUGCUAAGAAAACUGAAGCAACAGUCCAGAGACAGUGUGGAGGACAAGAGACCCAAACUGCUGAAAGCCCUCAAAGAGCUGGGAGACUUUUACCUGGAGCUUCACUGGGACUUCCAGAGUUGGGUGCCUUUGCUGUCCAGAAUCCUGCCAUCAGAUGUCUGCAAGAUCUACAAGCAGGGCAUCAACAUCAGACUGGAUACAACUUUGAUCGAUUUUACGGAUAUGAAAUGUCAGCGUGGCGAUCUCAGCUUCAUCUUCAAUGGCAAUGCCGUUCCUUCAGAGUCUUUCGUUGUGCUGGACAACAAACAGAAAGUGUACCAGCGGAUACAUCAUGAGGAAUCGGAGAUGGAGACCGAAGAAGAAGUGGACAUUCUGAUGAGCAGCGACGUCUACUCCGCCACGCUCUCCACAAAAUCCAUCACCUUCUCCAGGGCUCAGAGCGGCUGGCUGUUCCGGGAGGACAAGACGGAGCGCGUGGGAAACUUCUUGGCAGAUUUCUACUCUGUGAACGGCCUGGUGCUGGAGUCCAGGAAGAGACGGGAGCAUCUGAGCGAAGAGGACAUCUUGAGGAACAAAGCCAUCAUGGAGAGCCUGAGCAAAGGGGGGAACCUGAGCGAGCAGAGUUUUGAGUCCUCGAGAAGACAAUCUUUAACGCCUCCGUCACCCAACACUAUAACCUGGGAAGAAUACAUCUCUGCUGACAAUGGAAAAGCGCCUCAUCUAGGAAGAGAGCUGGUCUGCAAAGAGAGCAAGAAAAACUUUAAAGCCACAAUAGCCAUGAGCCAAGACUUCCCUUUGUGCAUUGAGUCGCUACUGAAUGUCCUGGAGGUGAUCGCACCCUUCAAGCACUUUAACAAACUCAGGGAGUUCGUUCAGAUGAAACUCCCCCCCGGCUUCCCAGUCAAACUUGACAUCCCCGUCUUCCCGACCAUUACAGCGACAGUGACGUUUCAGGAGUUUCGCUAUGAUGACUUUGACCAAUCGAUUUUUACUAUUCCCAAAGACUAUAAAGAAGAUCCCACCCACUUUCCUGACCUUUAACCUCUCUGUGCUGAAACUUCAACAGUAUCCCAUAAAACAUACCUUUCCUAAUCCUUAUGAACGUAGAGCAACUUGAGACUCAAAACUCAAGCUUAUGGAGACGUCUGUUUGCAUCACACUGACCAUCGCAGGUCCUCAACGUCACAACCUGAUAGGACAAACCAGGAAGUGCGACUCACUUUGGAGGUCAUCUCAUCGGUGAAGAGGCAUUGGAGUCAAAGUGAGCUUUUUAAAUAGGGAGUUUGUAUUUAAGUAUGUAAAGUUUCUAAAGGGCCUUUCGUGAACUGACUUGUAGUAAAGCACUGAUGUUAUUAUGAGAUACUGAAGAGGAAUUCUACUGCAGAGUUUCAGUUUUUUGUUCUCUUAAUUUUUGUCAUCCAUACAAAAAAAUCUAGGUGCAAAUAUUUUUUGUAACUUUUUUUGUGUGUGCAUAAUUUAAAAGUGAUUCCUCUAUGCAUCAGGACACUAAGACUUUAAUUGUUCUACUUCAAAUACCAACUAUUUACAGAAUAAGUUUGUUGGAAGUUGGUUUUGAUUUGUGCGACUGUGCAUACAUUUUAGUCAGGUGUGAAAAAAAUGCUGGAAACUAAAACAAAUUUUUUUUAAAUCAAAAUGUGGUGAAUGCAGAGAAAUCAAGCUCAAAUGAGCAUUUGGUCAGAUCACCCUUUGCAUCAAUUCUUCUAUUUGCACCCAGUUUUUGAAGGAGUACAGCUGGUAGGUUGUGACCUCAGAUCUUCUGUAGAUGGAGGUUUUCUCACAUCCUGGUGCCUCUUCGUUUAAUCCCAGAUACCCUCAACGAUGUAGAGAUUAGUGUUCUGUGGGGGCUGUGCCAUCACUUCCACUACGUCUUUAUGGUAAAGAUAAAGCUUAAUGACUUUAGCCUCAUGUUUGGGGUCAUUGUUCUACUGCAGAAUAUAUUUGGGGCCAAUUAUACACCUCCUUGAUGGUAUUGCAUGAUUGUUAGGUAUCUGCCUGUAUUUUUUAGCAUUAAAAACAACAAUAAUUCUGACCAAAUCUCCAACUCCCUUUGUAGAAAUAUAGCCCCACAUCAUUAAGGAACCUCCACCAUGCUUCACUGUUGCCUGCAGACACUCAAUGUACCUCUUCUGCUGUAGCCAUUUUUAUGCACCACAGUUCCAAUGUUUUUGUGCAUUCAUUGUGCAACUCUUCCAUUUCUGGCCAUACUUCUCUGAACAAUAGAAGUACCACUGGUAUUAUUUCUGAUUUCAAAUGAACAAUCCUAAUUCUGAAAGCGUUCCGUUUAGUGUUUUUCUUUUUUCCCCACAUCUGGCUAAAACUUGUGCACAGUGUCGUAUGACAAAAACCUACGAUUUCUCUCUUAAAUUCCUCUUUCAGUCGGCACAGAUCAAAUUGAUAUUGUCAAGGAUAAUGUCACCAUUCUUAUGGGCAUGGAGUAGCACUACUGAUCACAUUCGGGCACUAGGUAGAUUCUCUACAGCCUUUUCCAGCUGACUUCACAGACACUGUUUAUUCGGAACUUAAAAAAGUGAUCGAGAUGAUGCUGUUAUGCUGCAGGAUUUUUAUAAUCCCACAAGGCAUUUUUUUAUGCGUGUGGGUGGGAAAAGUAACCUUUUAUUUUUUACACAGCCUUUCUAAAUGGUGUAACAAUUUUAAAAACGUGAUUGCCAUUUGAAAACAAGGGGACUGAACGAACUGGUCUGAAAACGUGGCUUUUAUUUUGAAGUCUGUUUUAUUUUAACUGACAUUUUCUGUAAGAUUGUUUUUUUAAAGCACCAUGUUGAGAGGAUAUUGGUUUGUAUGUGGUUUUACUUUUUGUAAAUAUUCAUGUACACCAUGUCUGCUUUUUCUAUUUUCAAAAAUGACCCAUGAACCUCCCUCAGGUGUGGUAAAACAAUCAUUUCAACUGUGUGAAAAAAGCACAAGGUACGCAGAAAAAGGGCGGAGCGUUCAUCGGUGCUGUUAACCACAAACUGGUUCUGGUUUUCCUGUCGUAGCUCAGACUGGUUCCGUAUCGCAUCUCUUCAAACUGUCAUUUUUCAGGUUUAUUAGAACUGAAUGCAAUCCCGCCCUCUUCCAUUCCUUCAGUUAAGUGCAGCAUUCUCAACUGUGCCUGAUCACUAACAUGAUUUUUUACAUUUAAAGCCCCUUCUCAACUUCUGCUGCUCCAACUUUGUUAAAUUUUAUUCGAUUAGUUGUACAGCGAAAAAGGUACAAGUCUGUGACACUAUUUUCAUAUAAAAUGUACUAAAAUAAAAAGCCCACAUAUAUGUAAGA